GUCCAUUUCUGGAGGUGGUGGUGGGGGUGCUCUUUCAAUAGGAGUUCCACCUAUUCUAAGGUCUAAACUAAUUUUAAAUUUAAUACUCUUCCUAGACAUUGGUCAGUCUUUCACAGAAUGGGAAAACGGAAGCGCGUUCAAAACGAUUCUACGGAUAAUUUGACUAAAUACUAUGAAGAAAAAUUACCCGACAUUGGAUCUGUUCUAAAACGGAAGGUGCGGAAAACCUGUACACGAAAAUUGCUUUUCAACACAUUCCCAGUUUUAAAUUGGUUGCCAAAAUACAAAAGGAGCUAUGCCGUCAACGAUGUGAUAGCUGGAUUAACAGUAGCACUAACAGCCAUUCCACAAGGGAUAGCCUAUGGAAACAUAGCUGGACUUCCACCCCAAUAUGGAUUAUAUUCAUCCUUCAUGGCCUGUUUUGUUUAUAUAAUUUUCGGAACUUCAAAGGAUGUUACAAUAGGACCUACGGCGAUCCUUUCUUUAAUGCUACAACAAUAUAUUUCCUCGAAUCCGGACUAUGCAAUUUUACUCUGCUUUUUAUCAGGGUGUAUAAUUCUAGGGUGUGGUUUAUUAAAUUUAGGGUUUCUUGUAAGGUUCAUUUCGUCACCCGUAACUGUAGGAUUUACAUGUGCUGCAGCAGUAACCAUUGCAAGUGGUCAAAUCAAUGCAUUGUUAGGUAUUCCUAGUUCAUCGAAUGAAUUUCUUCCUUCUUGGGAAAAUGCUAUCAACAAUAUAUCUCAAACUCGGAAAUGGGAUGCAAUAUUGGGGAUAACCACUAUGAUUGGAAUUAUAAUAUUACGGCAAGCCAAGAAUAUUACUGGGAAAGGACGUCUGUUUUUCAAAUAUGUUUCAUUAUCUCGAAAUGCUUUAGCUGUGUUCAUCGGCACGCUGAUAGCGUACCUUUUAGGAGAAAAUGGUGAGCAACCUUUCAAGUUAACUGGAGAUAUUGUACCAGGUUUACCGUCCGUUCAGCCCCCGCCGUUUACCACAGUGCAAAAUGGAACCGUCACAUAUUUUUCUGAAAUGGUCGAUAACUUGGGGAUAUCAUUACUUGUUGUCCCGUUGAUCUCGAUAUUGGAGAUUAUUGCAAUAGGCAAAUCGUUUUCUCAAGGGAAAAUUGUUGAUGCAUCUCAAGAACUGAUCGCUCUAGGAGCGUGCAAUAUAGUUUCCUCAUUUGUUUCGUCGAUGCCAGUCACAGGUGCCUUCACAAGAAGUGCCGUCAACAAUUCGAGUGGAGUUCGGACGACACUUGGAGGAUUCUAUACGGGCAUUGCAGUCCUGCUUGCAAUUCAGUUCUUAACAGAAACGUUUUACUUCAUCCCGAAAACCGUGCUUGCUGCAGUGAUGAUUGCUGCAAUGAUUUUCAUGAUUGAAUAUGACCAUGUUGUGCUCGUUUGGAAAUCCAAGAAAAUUGAUAUCAUACCCUUGGUCGUUACCUUUAUCAGUUGCUUAUUUCUUGGACUAGAGUUUGGAAUUUUGUGUGGAAUCGGGGUUAAUGUGCUAUUUAUUUUGUACAAUUCAGCGAGCCCGAAAAUCAAUAUAGUCACGGAAAAGAUAGAAGACAUCGAAGUUAUUCUUGCAACAGUAAGCGAAAAUCUCGUAUAUUCGUCAGCUGAAUAUUUGAGGGAUAAAAUAUUGAGAGCUGUAACUGAAUCAGACACCCAGAUUAAAUAUGCUAUCAUAGAUGGAGCGCGAAUAAACUCUUUGGAUUCAACAGUAGCAAUCAAUCUCAGCGCACUAUAUCAUGAUUUAAAUAUCGAUAAAUGUGAACUUAUACUCUGGAACUGGCAGCGUCAAACCGAGGGGGUGAUAUGGCGUACUAACCAUGCAAUGGAAAAGUGUUUCAGAAAGUGCAGCAACUUGAAUGAUGUUCUUUAUCCUGUUGGAUUGGAAAAUAAUAAUCAUUUUGAAGUGCCUGAAAUAAUUGAAUCAUUGUGAGAUUGAAAUAUGUGAUAUAUUACAACAUUUUUAUUUGAUUGAUUGAAAGUGUAAAAUUUGUUUGGUGUGGAUU